AUGGGAGAAAAGCCAGUUAUUGGCUAUCUUUCUCUGACUCUUAAUAGUUUGAUCGCUAAAUAUAAAGAAACAGCAACUCAGGUAAUUAUGACGAUUGAUAAUGCAGCUGCAUCUAUGAUAUCUUCUCCAAACAAGUUUAAAUUAGCAAAUUCGCCAUUGGAUUUAUCUGAAGAAAUCAAUCAGAUGUCUCACAAAAACAACUAUGAAGUUCAGCUAUCACAACAUAAGUUAAAAUUAAUGAAACAGGCCAAAGAAGAGCUCGAAACAAAAUUAAAAUUCGUUGAUCAAGAAUACAAAUCCCUGACCUCAAUACCGUUUAGAUCAAAAUCAAUUCGUUCAUUUAUCAAACAAGUUGACGACGCCGAAAGAGUAAAUUUUAUCAAAAGAAUGCAAAAAGAAAGAGAAAAAUCCACUAAAUCCCGUGAAGAAUUCGUAAAAUCCAUGGAGGAAAAGCUUUUCAAUCAAAUGAGAUUAGAUAAAAUCGCUGAAGAAGAAUUGCAAAAGAGUUUCAUCGAUAAAAGGCAACAAAGACUUGACAGAAUUCGAGAAAAAGUUGAAAAUCAGAGAAAACAAAGGCAAGAGUUAUUAGAAAUAGGAGACAAAGAACUCAAAAGAGUAUAUGAAGCAAAGCCGAUGUACAAGCAAAUGGAAGAAAAUUUUUUAAAUCAAUCCAUUUUUCCGGAAAUUGAUAAGCAUAAAGAAAUGAUGGAAAAAAGAAGAAGGAAUUGGCUGUCAAUUGAUUAUGAAGCUUUGCAAAGUCAUGAAAGAAAUUAUUUAAGACAAAAACACAAUUAAAAUAGAGCUGUUCUGGCAAUGGUAGUUCUCUUACAUAGGAUCAGUCAAGGGGAGCUUUGGUUCUCUGAGGGUUUAACCUAAAGAGACAUUGAUGCACUAGGUAGUGAAAGAAAGUGUUCUUUAAAGCUGGGGGUGAAUGAAGUUCUAACGGUUGAUUAACUACCUAUCCGUUGCUGCGGAAGUCAUAUCUCACGUAAAAGCUUAAGAAAAACAGAAGACAGUUGUUCGUGAGCUAUCUUACUAACUAAGACAAAAAAAGGAGCAGGAAGGAAGAAGAGAAUUGAAAGUAAGGCACAAAUUGAAUGAGUUUUCUUUACAAGAGGCAAGCAUUAAUUAUUACCGGUCUGAAGCUUUCGAAAAAGCUAAAAUUGAGGAAAAAGAAAAGCAGAUUAAUGAGCUUGAAAAAAUAAAAAUGAGAAAAGAGCUUGCUAAAAGGUCAAGAAUGUAUGGAGACCUAGCAAUUGAGCUAUUUAAGCCUUCGAUUUCAAUUGCUAAACAAAAUGAAAUUUUAUUACUACAAAAGAAACACAAUAACCGGAGACUACAUAAGAGCUUACUCCCCCGCUCCGUGAGUGAACAAAAAAAUUUUGUUCACUUAUGGAGGGUGGUUAAUUUUUUUUUUUAAAAAAAAAUUAUAUAUAAAUUUUAUAAAAAUAUUUUUUUUCGAAAUUUAAAAAAGUCCUAAUUCGCAAAAAUUGGGGAAGCAAAUAUUAAUUUAAUUUAUAAAAUUUAUGUUUUAAAAAGCAAUUUGUUUAAAAUUAAACAGAAUUAGCUCUAGAUUUCAUUAUACUAAUUAUCAUUUAUAUAUCAAAUUUUUUUUUAGAAAAAAUUUUUCUAUAAAAAAAUUUUUGUUCACUCACUGAGGGUGGGUUUUUGGGCAAAAAAUAGGGAUUUUUCUAAUGGUUUUGUUCACCACGGAGGGGGGGAGUUAGAUGAAAGCCAUUUUAAACGUAUUAAUCUGGAUUCUAAAGAAUCUUCCUACUCUAAUAGUGAAAUCAACGACAGUCUGUCAAUUUCUGAUGAAAAUAAAGGAAAAGCGAAAAAUCUAUUAAGACAUAGCAGGACAAAAUCAAUGAGCAAUCGAAGUAUUUCAAAAGGAAUCAGUUCACCAAACAGUACUAAUAUGAAAAAAGCAGAAGAAAAAUCUCCUCCCAUUGAUAAAUCUGUAGACUAUUUAAAUGAAAGAAGAAAAGUUAGAGAAAAAAUUAGCAAAAUCUUAGGUCCUGAAAAAAUUGCACAAAUCGAAUGGAAGCCGAUCAUUUCCAACAAAAAUAUUUUGAAGCCUGAAAAAAUUUCCCUUAUUAGAGAAAUUGCAAAUAAAGCAGAGGAAAAAGCCAAAAGCUAUGAAAAUUUAUUUGUAGGAAUUGAUUCAAGCAAUUUAAAUAAGAUCGAAAUGAACGAGAAAGUUAAUGAAGUCUAUAUUGGUGCAAUUAAAGCUAAGCUUGCCAUACUUAAUUCACUAUAA